AUGAAUAUGUGGAAUGGCAUGAAGCUAACUUCGUGGAAGAGCUCUGUGGAUCCUGGAAGUGGGCUCUUCUCUUAUGGAAUGGACAUCUCUUCAAGAAAGACGCAGUUGGUGAUGACCUAUAACAACAGUGUUCCAUAUUGGUCCAGUGGAGAGUGGACUGGGAGUUAUUUUACCAACAUUCCGGAGGGGAAAAAUGCUACUAAGAUAUUGGAAACGUCUUGUGUGAGCGUUUCUCCUUCAAGAUUAUACUGUCAAUUUAGAGUAAUCCCGACAGGAUAUAUCCCGACAGGACAUAUCCUGACAGGACGGACCCUGUUAAAUGAGAAUGGCGAAUUAAAAGUUUACCUCUGGAUGGAUGAUGGUACUUGGACUGAGGUAUGGUCGACAUAUCGAGGUCAAUGCAGUGACUAUGAAAUCUGCGGGGCAUAUGGACCCUGUAAUGCGAGUGAUGUGUGCAGUUGUAUCGAGGGUUUCUCUCCCAAAAAUGACUCUCAAGGUUGGUGGUCAAGUGGGUGUGCUCGGCGAAGAUCCCUGCAAUGCUCUGUCACAACGGGCACCACCGACGGCUUCUUGGAAACGAAGAACCGAUACUUGCCUGAAGAAGAAGCUGUCUCAUACAACAACGAGCCAACAAUGGAAGGCUGCAGGACUGACUGUCUCAACAAUUGCUCCUGUACAGCAUUUGCUUUCGUUUUUUAUGACCCACCAACCUGUAGACUCUGGUUCGGGGACUUAUUCAAAAUGCGCGUUUCAUCUGACAACCAAUCCAUCUUCAUCAGGCUGGCAGCUUCUGAGUUGCCGCACUCGACAUUAGAGAGAAGCAGCAAAGCCCCUCUACUUCUUAUUUUACUUCCUUCAGUCACGGCUUUCUUUGUUGUUUUAGCUGCCCUCUUGGCCGCAUUUAUUCUGUGGAAACGUCGAAGAUUGCAGAAAAAAAGCGUAGAAGAGGACGAGGAUGUGCCAAUCAUGCUCAAAAUGUUCACUUACAAAGAGCUGUGA